GUAGGACCUGAAACUUGGUGCUUAACAAGUGCCUGUAGUCAAAACAGUUGGUGUGUGCAAGUGCUGAUCUGGUAUUUGCUGCGGCAGGUCAUCUGCCUGAUUUUUUUACCGUGUGCAGAAUACCUAAUCACGUUGCUCUGUUUCUCUGACGGCAUCUGUGGCAAUGUGAAUCGUUUCGCGUUCCAAAAGUACAUGUUUACAGUCGUCGUAGAAUCAGAUUAAGUUGGCAGCCUGCUCCUCUCUUGCGCAGCGCAAGAAGGGUGGAACGGUUUGCGGGUAUUAUUUCCAAACUUUUUCAGCUGGACUUGGAAUAGUGUUUUGUCCAAAAAGCUGAACGAAGACACGGUUCAAUGUGUAAACCUUCCCCUUCUCCAGCUUCUCCAGCCUGCAAUUCCAGGACAUCCCUAGUACAGAUGAAACCGAAAUCCUGUAUCAGCGGCCAUAACCCUGUCAGCAGCAACUCAAAGCCAUUCAAAACGCCCAAAGACAAUCUACUUACCUCCAGUAGCAAACAGCACACAGUCUUUCCUUCAAAGGUAUCACGGGAUAAACCAUGCGUUCCUGUUCCAGUAGUCAGUCUAGAGAAAAUUCCUAACCUAGUGAAGGCAGAUGGUGCCAAUGUUAAAAUGAAUUCUGCAACCACUACCACCAUCACCUCGUCCUCAGCCUCUUCAUCCACUAUACCUGCUCCAACUUUGGUUAAAUCUGGUUUGACAUCCAAGUCAGUGCCACCGUCACCAGAAAAGAUUCUGAACGGCAAAGGAAUUAUAGCUCCAUCAAUAGACAAGAAACAUCAAAAUGGCACUAAGAGCAGUAACAAGCCUUACAAAAGACUUUCAGAAAGAGAAUUUGAACAAAAUAAACACUGUGGAGUACUGGAUCCUGAAACAAAGAAACCUUGCACAAGAUCGCUCACCUGCAAGACUCAUUCACUUAAUCAUCGACGAGCAGUUCCAGGCCGUAAAAAACAGUUUGACAUCCUUCUAGCUGAACACAAAGCUCGAUCCAGGGAAAAAGAAGUUGCAAAAGACAAAGAGCAUCCACCAUCUGCAAGGGAAAGCUAUCAGAGCCAGCCCACACCAGCACAAGACUCUCUGUCAGGAUCUUCAGCAACCUCUGGGCAAGAAUCUAAAGUAACAUCUCCUGCAAAAUCUAGACCACCAAAUUCUGUACUUCCAAGACCGUCAUCUGCAAAUAGCAUAAACAGCAACAGUUCUUCAAACCACAGUGCGUACGUACCAGAACUGCCACUGCCUUCCAUGGGAGGAGAUUUAACGAGCAGAUUGUCCAGUGAUGAAGGAGAAGCGGAUGGAGCUGAAGAAUCUGAGAAACUAGACUGUCACUUUUCUGGACACCAUCCCAGACCUCUUGGGUUUUGUUCAUAUGGCAGUCGCUUAAUGGGAAGAGGGUACUAUGUCUUUGACAGAAGAUGGGACCAUUUUCGAUUCGCACUAAACUCCAUGGUAGAAAAACACUUGAACUCUCAGAUGUGGAAGAAAAUUCCUCCUGCGGCAGAUAGUCCCAUGCCUUCUCCAGCAGCACAUGUCUCCACUCCUUUUCCAGCAUCAGUCUUGCAGCCUUUCAGCAACCCCAGUGCAGUGUAUAUUCCUUCAACACCUAUCAGUUCAAGAAUCACUUCUUCUUCUUACAUAAUGACAUCAGCCAUGUUAUCGAAUGCAGCCUUUGUGACAACAUCAGAUACAAAUUCCAUUAUGUCACACACUACAGCUUUUCCUCAUAUGGCUGCAAGCCCAAGUAUCAUGGACUCAACUUUUAAGGCGCCAUCAGCUGUGUCACCAGUGCCAGCAGUCAUCCCUUCCCCAUCCCACAAGCCAUCCAAAACAAAAACCAGCAAAUCCUCAAAAGUGAAAGACCUGUCAUCUCGGAGUGAUGAGUCUUCAAGUAACAAAAAGAAAAAGCCGCAGUCGUCGUCAUCGUCGUCAUCAUCAUCCUCAUUAUCUUUGCAGACAUCUUCCUCGUCUUCAUUUUCAGGGUCCCACAAAAAGAACUGUGUCCUGAACCCCAGUUCAACUUUGAACUCCUAUCAGGCUACAUCCUCCUAUAACAGUAUGUCUGUGCACAAUACAAAUAACGGAACAAGCCCACUCAGUGCCAAAUCGGAGCCCUCAGGACGGACUUCAUUGUCAAGUAGUUCAACAGACUCAGUGAAACACAUGAGCAUGGUAGUAAGCAGUAUUGACUCUUCUAAUCUGUCUGUAUCUUCUCUUGUGCACCACUCAGGGGACCACUCCCUGGGAGCACAUAAUGCAGUGUCUUCUCUACCCCUUUCUUUCGACAAAUCAGAAGGAAAAAAACGUAAAAACUCUAGUUCUAGUAGCAAAGCCUGUAAAAUCACUAAAAUGCCUGGUAUGAAUAGUGUUCAUAGAAAAAGCACUGCCAACCUUAUUUCUGCGGUGCCAGAUCCUACAAGCAGCUCCAUCUCUCGGCAGAUUGGAAAAAAUAGCAGUGUAGCUUUGUCACAAUCCAGUCCUUCGAGUACAUCAAACCCCGUACACAACAGACAACAAACCUCUUCUGCCAAUCUGGGGAAGACGUACGUUUUUCUGCUCCUUUUGUGAAGUAUCUGGAGCCUCAGUCAUGGACAUGCUGCGGGGAAGGCGCUUGCAAUUAAGGUAUGAUCUUUUUUAAAAGCAAGAAAUUUGGGCUGCCAGCUGUGGUUUCGUAUGCAUACACUCAGAACUGGCAGUGGAGAUGAAGCUGGCCUGCGUUACAGGAAACACAUCGAAGGAAGAAAAUUUUGCCUUCUAGGUAAACAGCUUUUUGUGUAAUGCCUUGCAUGCUCUGAUGCACGUGGCAGGAGCUAAUCCUGAACAUCCCCUUUACUGUCCAAUUUGUGCCUGGGUCUGAGCUGCUUAUAUUUUGAAAACUUUUUUUUUCUUUUUUUUUACUCUUCAGUUUAUCUUUCCUGGCAUAGAAAAAAACGAACAUCAUGAAGUAGCAGUAGAUACUGAAGUUUCAUCUGAUACGGUGGUCCCCACGCGUGGCUGGAGAGUGACACCGUGUUUGUAAGACGCUUUCCUAUUUCCAGCAGCCAUUAGAAAUUAAAGCCACAGCCAAAAAAAUGGAAUAUUGCAGGCAUGAGUUAUUAGUUGCUUGCCAUCAUCGCCCAUGGCCAGCAAAGGCUGAAGACCGCUAUAUUUAUUUUCCAAAUAUGACUGAGACAUUUUGUAGGACUUGCAGGUUCGUUAGAGUGCCUCACAAGCUGUUCUCCAUUUGGAGCUGGUUUCCCCCACCCUCUUUUUGGUUAUGCAACAAGUAUUUUGCUCGUAGCAGGACUCUCGUGCUCAUAUUAUCUAACGUGCUCUAAAUACCACCCGUUUCGGAGGGAAGCAGAUCACACUGUAACUUUUAUUCACUGCACUCUAGUUUUUAUGCUUCUGUUUUUACCACAGAAAUAUUUAUUUUAGAAGAAAAGUCGUUGCUGUCUGCAACCAGUAUCUGUUUUACUCUUCCAAAUCUGUCAGGACUCACAAUUGGAAGAAAUGCCAAAUACUGAUUCCAGAAAUAUUUGGAGGAGAUUCAUACAACAGAUCCAGACUUCGGAACACAAGAAUGUUUAUUUCAUGCAAAUUUUUUAUGCUGUUUUGCUCCUGGAGUACCUCUUGAAAGCUACCACUCAAAACAAGUGCAGAACUCUUCUAAAACAUCCUUUCCUGAGCAGAAGAAAGAGAAAGCUGAUAAUUCAGCAGCAGGUAGGGACCAAUCUUCAACUGCAGAAUCCACGGUCGAUGGUGUGCACGCUCUUGCCCUUAUUUUGUAAUGCAUGACAGAUGACAUGGGCAGUGUUCUUCUGUGCGUGGUUUUUUGUUGUUUAUGGCUGGCAUGCAGAAAUACUUACUUCUAGUCUGUAAUCUGCUCUCCCUGCAGAAGAGAGAAGGGAAGCUGUAGGGUAGCUUGCCAGAAAUAGCAAUCGGGAUCCAGGAGAACUCGAUUUGAGGGUAAGGACCCCAGCAGGGGUUUGAGAUGGUCCACAACAUUCAGCUGCCCCUCUGCACAUUUCCCAAACCUUAAAGAUUUAGCUCUGAAAUUAAAUCUGGGCUUGAUUAACUUGGAGCAGUCACUAACAUGGUUGAUGGGACACCACAGGAGACUAGUUUUUCAUAAAAGUUGCCUAGCAUGAACAAAGUAUAUUUACAGAAUGCUACAGGAAUAAAGGCCUGUUGGUGUAAAUCAGACGAAUGGCCUGGUGAACUCGGGAGCGCAACCCUGUGAGUCCCGUGUCUGUGUCUGCUCUUCCCAGCCUGGCCCCAACCGAGGCAGAGGAGGGACUGGUGACGGCAUCACUGCAGAAGAAAAACCGUCAUCCCUCCCCAGCAGCAAGUUUACUCGGUGCCGAUUUGGAGAGCUGCGUCACGGGUGAGUAGACAGGUCUCUGGAAGAGGAUUACUUGGGCUCAGUCCUUUACCCUUUCCCACCACAGAUGCAGAAUAUAUAGGCCCGUUGCUGUAGUUCUGAAGAUACUCUCAACCACCUACACAAAAAACCCUCUUCCAGUCAGCUCCACUCUUAAAUUGCAACUAUUGACCUGCCUUUUUCUGUAGUUUUCUCUUAUUUUGACCCAUAAUCAGUUGCGGUUUUUCGUGGUAUGUUUUUUGGGGAGUUUGGUUUUUGCUUUUUAAUCUUGCCUUGAGUUACUCCUUCCUUGUUAAUUCUCUUUAUGAUUUGUGUUUGGACCACACAGCCUGAACAGUAAUAGCAACGCGCUGGGCUGGCUGCUUCAUUACCAAGGAGACACCAAGAAGGCGCAGGAAGCUGGUUUUCACUUGUAUUACUUUGCAGAGUCCUUCCGAGGCCUACAGCUUCACAACCUGAGCCUGCAUGCUUCCCAAGACA